GGGCUGCGGAAGAAGUCAGCUUCUCGCUUCCCUUUUCCUUCUUUCCCAGUCUCAUCCGGAAAACCGAAACGUGCAGGAGCAGGCCACUUACAGACCCACCCCUGUGCACUACCAGUGUGUGGCCACAAGGGCACCCGUUCCUCUCCGGACCCCGCCCAUUAAAGCGGUUUCAGGAUUCUCGACUCAGUGAUGUGAGACUUUCAAGGUUGGCUGGAAGCCACUGCACAGCCUCCUGAUGCAGUCUGAAUCCAGCCGGUGUGAUGAGGAGAACCCUUCCCUCUUGUGGGGUUUGGAUCCUGUGUUUCUAGCCUUUGCAAAACUCUACAUCAGGGAUAUCCUGGACUUGAAGGAGUCUUGCCAGGUGCCAGGUGUAUUUUUUUACAAUGGGCAUCCAAUAAAACAAGUAGAUAUCUUGGGGACCGUAGUUGGAGUGAGAGAAAGAAAUGCUUUCUACAGUUACGGAGUGGAUGAUAGCACUGGAGUUAUAAACUGCAUCUGCUGGAAAAAGUUGAACAAUACCGAGUCUUCCUCAGCUGCUCCAAGUGCAAGAGAACUGAGCUUAACCUCACAGCUUAAGAAGCUACAAGAGACCAUUGAGCAGAGAACAAAGAUAGACAUUGGGGACAUUAUCCGGGUCAGAGGUUAUGUCCGCACAUACAGAGAAGAGCGAGAAAUUCAUGCCACUGCUCAUUAUAAAGUAGACGAUCCAGUGUGCAACAUUCAAAUCGCAAGGAUGCUUGAGCUGCCCAGGAUCUACAGGAAAGUUUAUGACCAGCCUUUCCAAAGCUCAGCCCUAGAAAAAGAGGCACUAAGCAAAAACCCAGGAGACCUGGACCUUACCAAUCUCACAUGUUUGCUGAGUGAAAAAGCCAAAGAAUUCCUCAUGAAUAACAGAGUGCAGACCUUUUACCAGCAGGAGUUGGAAAUGGAGGAGUCUCUGCUGUCUCUUGCUAAUCAGCCCGUGAUUCACAGCGCCUGCUCCAAGCAAGCAGAUUUCAAGAACGACAGUACUUCCAAGGCAAUCCAUAGCAUAUUUAAGAAUGCUAUAAAACUCCUGCAGGAAAAAGGGUUCAUCUACCAGAAAGAUGGUGGUUAUGAUAACCUCUUCUAUGUAACCAGAGAAGACAAAGAACUGCACAGAAGGAUCCACCGUAUCAUUCAAGAAGAUUGCCAGAAACCAAAUCACAUGGAGAAGGGCUGCCACUUCCGGCACAUCUUGGCCUGUGCCCGCCUGAGCCUCAGCCCGGGCCUGAGCGAGCCUGUGCUGCAGCAGGUGCUGGAGCUCCUGGAGGACCAAAGUGACAUCGUCAGCACAAUGGAGCACUAUUACAUAGCGUUCUGAGGACAGGCCGCAGACAGCCUGAGCGGAGCCAGGCCGAGGAGAAAGACCAAGUGCUGUUCACUCCCAGGCUCUGGUUUUAAACAUCACGCAGAAGCUUAUAGGUCAGGAGACAAUUAUCUUAUAAUCAACUGGGAAAUAUGGUCAGUUGCGGAAUGGAAUUUGGCAUAAAUUCUGUAGGCUGUAUUCUUGGGGUAUAAAAUGACUUCUAUCUCAGCCAUGGUGUUGACCUCCUGACUGGACUGGGCGUCCUUUAUGAAGCAGAAGGUGGCUGAAUCGGUGUGGUGGAUGAGGCUCGAUCAUGGUAAAGGGACAUUACAUGGUAAAGCCCACGGACUGUGGGAACUGAAGAGCAUGCAGCCAGAUCACACAGAUGUAAAACUUUUUAAAACUCGAGACUAUCAGAACAUUCUUGUGGGUCUGCCUUAAUGGUUAAGAACCCAGUGUAGGGAGCUAGCCCUCCCUGGAUGGGUAUUGCUGAACUGAGAUUUCCAAGGGUCAAACACCAGUGGGGGCGGGUGUCAUGAGUCCUGGGUUGAAUGCUUGUACAGACCCAUCCAGAGAUGGCAA